CAAUUAGCAUUUUCGGGUAUAUUGCUCUUAUCUUUGAUAUGAAUACCCUUUCUUCCUCUGCAUCGACGCUCCAUGGGCUUAAUUUCUUCAGUGCCGGGUCGGUUCCUCUUCCCGGGUCAGCGUUGGCUUUGCCAUCUCUGAAAACUUCAGCUUUCUCCGCAAAGCUUCCUCGUGUUGGGGUCACCAAGGCUUCCAUUGCUGUUGAGCAACACACUCAACAGACUAAGGUUGCUCUCAUCAGAAUUGGUACCAGAGGAAGUCCACUAGCUCUAGCUCAGGCAUAUGAGACUAGAGACAAACUCAUGGCAUCGCACUCGGAGCUAGCUGAAGAGGGGGCUAUUCAGAUUGUAAUAAUAAAAACAACAGGGGACAAAAUACUCACACAACCACUUGCAGAUAUAGGUGGGAAGGGCUUGUUCACCAAAGAAAUAGAUGAGGCGCUUUUAAACAGUGAAAUUGACAUUGCUGUCCAUUCAAUGAAGGAUGUUCCUACUUAUUUACCUGAUAAAACAAUCCUACCAUGCAACCUUCAGCGGGAGGAUGUCAGAGAUGCAUUUAUAUCCUUGAAUGCAACUUCUCUAGCCGAUCUUCCCUCUGGUAGUGUGGUUGGUACUGCUUCACUAAGACGAAAGUCACAGAUACUCCACAGAUAUCCAACUCUAAAUGUACAGGAAAAUUUCCGUGGCAAUGUCCAGUCAAGGUUGAGAAAACUCAAUGAGGGGGUUGUCCAAGCUACACUAUUGGCAUUAGCUGGACUCAAACGCUUAAAUAUGACAGAAAAUGUGACUUCAACCCUAUCAAUUGAAGAUAUGCUUCCAGCUGUUGCCCAAGGUGCUAUUGGAAUAGCCUGUAGAAGUAAUGAUGAUAAAAUGGCCGAAUACAUUGCUUCGUUGAAUCAUGAAGAAACAAGACUAGCAGUUGUCUGUGAAAGGACCUUCCUUCAGAUUUUGGAUGGGUCUUGCCGCACUCCUAUUGCAGGGUAUGCUUCCAGAAAUGAGGACGGUAAUUGCUUGUUUAGAGGAUUAGUUGCUUCCCCUGAUGGAACUCGUGUGCUAGAGACAUCCAGGGUUGGUCCAUAUGCUGUUGAAGAUAUGAUUGAGAUGGGUAAGGAUGCUGGCAAGGAGCUUCUUUCUCGGGCUGGACCUGACUUUUUUAGUAGUUAGCAACUGAGUAAGGAGAUUUUAUGGUCAAUUUUUAGGUAAAUUGCAUUUCAAGUUAAUUCAUUCUUUGAGCUGUUGUAACUUUAAAGUAGAUUAAACGUUCAAUUGAGUUUGGGUAAGUAAGCCUCUCAUCAGGGGUCAAAUUGUUGUAUUUUGAGGAGAUUGGAAUGCCAAUUUUUUGUGGUAACGUGUAUAAUUCCCACGAUUGUGAAGUCCGACAGUUCAUGCUAAACACACA